AUUGAUAUCGAAAGUAGUGAUUUAUCGCACGAAAAUACUGAAGCCCUUCAAAGUGAAGGUGAAGGUGAAGCUUAUGACGAUAAACGAUACGAUGAGGGUUCUCCUCAAUAUAAUCCUGAUCCCGAAUCUCUUCCCCGGAAUAUUUCUUCAAUAAGUCUUUCCGAAGAUGAUUAA